UCUCUCAUCAUCUUUCCGCAUCCCUCGUUUUCCAACAUCCCCUCUCUUCAGAUCUUUUUUCGUCGUGCAUGGCAGUGAGCCUCCUGUCUCGCGAGGUAUCCGACCUCUGUCUCGGCAAGCCACCGCUCCGGUGUCUCUCCGCCGCCUCCGCCACCGUCUCCGACGCCGUCUCCGCCCUAAAAUCCUCCGGCGAGCCCUUCCUCAGCGUCUGGAGCUGCAACCACGAGGACGAUGGGUCGGAGUGUGAGUGUGUCGGAAAGAUCUGCAUGGCCGAUGUGAUCUGCCACUUGUCCAAAGACGAGAAAACCCUCUUGUCUCCUUCUGCUGCAUUGAAAGCACCCGUCUCUGUUCUUCUCCCCGAAACUCGUGCCCUCGUUGUCCAUGUUCAACCCUCCUGCAGUUUGCUUGAAGCCAUCGAUCUGAUCAUCCGAGGGGCGCAGAACCUGGUUGUCCCGAUUCAGACAAAAUCCAUCACGAAACGAAGACAUCAGAAGCUGCAGAGCCAAAACGGCGCCGUUUCGGUCACCGCCUCCGUCCACAAGAACGGUCGCCAAUUCUGCUGGAUCACGCAAGAAGACAUCGUCCGUUUCCUCCUCGGCUCGAUCGGACUCUUCUCUCCUCUCCCGUCGAUCUCCAUCGCCGACCUAGGCAUCAUCAACAGCUCCUCCUCCGUAUUAGCCGUCGAUUACUCCUCUUCCGCCGCCAUGGCCAUACCCGCCAUCUCCCUCGCUCUCACCGAGCAGACCGCCGUCGCCGUCGUCGACGGUGCCGGCGACCCGAAAAUGGCCCUGAUCGGCGAGAUCUCGCCGAUGAAGCUCGCGUGCUGCGACGAGUCUGCGGCCGGCGCCCUCGCUACCCUCUCCGCCGGCGAUCCUGCUUGUAAAGGUCCGCCGGAGAGUCUCCUUCGGGUCGUCAGGAACCGCCUGGAGGACAAAUGGCUCGUGGAAAUGCUCUCGUUGAUGGAUUCGUUAUCGUCGACUGCGUCGGGAUCUUCGUCGGACGAAGAAUCGCCGGCGAGAACGGCGUCGAAUCGUAGGUCGGCGAGUAGCUCGGCGGCGAUAGUGUGUAAUCCGAAGAGCUCGUUAAUGGCGGUGAUGAUACAAGCGAUUGCGCAUCGGGUGAACUACGUGUGGGUCAUCGAAAAGGACUGUACUUUGGUGGGUAUCGUCACUUUUGUCGAUAUGUUAAAAGUUUUCGGACAAUUUUUGGGAAACACGAACUGAAGUGUUUCGAGCUUCUGGCAUUAAUGCUUCUUGUUAAACAGAAGCCCAAAGACACCGUACUUGCGAAUCUUCCGAGUUGUGUUCUUCCAAAACAGAUUAGGGUACGGUUUUUUUUUUU